GUAGAGUAUCAGGGCGCUUUCUCCGGCGGGAGUAUUUCGAGUUGAGCUGUGUCAGGUGACGCGAUUCACCUGGCAGCCAUUUCGCGACGUGUUCAAGACAAAAUGGCGGUGCUGCUUGAGACAACACUGGGAGAUUUGGUGAUCGAUUUAUACACAGAAGAGAGGCCUAGGGCCUGCUUGAAUUUUUUGAAGCUUUGUAAGAUCAAGUAUUAUAACUAUUGCCUCAUCCACCAUGUUCAGAGGGACUUUAUUAUACAGACUGGUGACCCAACUGGCAGUGGUCGUGGAGGAGAAUCCAUUUUUUGUAAGCUGUAUGGAGAUCAGGCAAGAUUUUUUGAGGCAGAAAAGAUACCUCGAAUUAAACAUAAGAAAAAAGGAACUGUAUCCAUGGUGAAUAAUGGCAAUGAUCAGCAUGCGUCUCAGUUUUUGAUCACUGCAGGAGAAAACGUGGAUUAUCUUGAUGGUGUGCAUACAGUAUUUGGUGAGGUGACUGAAGGCAUGGAUGUCCUGAUGAAGAUCAAUGAGGCCUUUGUUGACAAGGAUUUCUGUCCGUAUCAAGAUAUCAGGAUAACCCACACAGUGAUACUGGAGGAUCCAUUUGAUGAUCCUGCAGGUUUGCAAAUUCCAGAUCGCUCACCAGAACCCACCAAAGAACAGCUUGAUAGUGGCAGAAUAGGAGCUGAUGAAGAAAUAGAUGAUACCAAAGGAAAAACUGCAGAGGAAAUUGAAGAAGUGCUAGCGGAAAAAGAAGCAAAAACCAGAGCAAUACUGCUGGAAAUGGUUGGAGAUCUACCAGAUGCAGAAAUAAAGCCACCUGAAAAUGUGCUGUUCGUUUGUAAACUCAAUCCAGUCACCACAGAUGAAGAUUUAGAGGUCAUUUUUUCAAGAUUUGGGCCAAUCAAGAGCUGUGAAAUAAUUAGAGACUGGAAGACCGGAGAAUCUCUCUGCUAUGCCUUCAUUGAGUUUGAGAAGCAGGAGCAUUGUGAAAAUGCUUACUUUAAGAUGGAUAAUGUGCUAAUAGAUGACAGAAGAAUACAUGUGGACUUCAGCCAAUCUGUAGCGAAGGUACAAUGGAAAGGGAAAGGUGCAAAAUACACCAAAGAUGAUUUUAAAGAGUAUGAGAAGAACCUUAGCAAACAUUCCAACAUUACCUUGAAGAGUAAAGUUCAACCUAAACAGGACCCGAAAUAUGAACUAUUACUGGAUGAGGCGGAGGCCAGUGGAAGCCAGCAGCAUUUGAAGAAACACCACAAGGGGAAACGGUCUCGUCGGCAUAUGGAAGAGGAAGAAGGUGAUAGGUGGAAAGCAGCCAACUGCAAGGCAACAAUUGAUGAAUACUGCAGAGAAAAAGAUGGAGGUCAGAAAAAGCGGGACCAAUAUCGCAGCCGGAGCAGGAGUGAAUCCCAAGAGAAAGAUCACCACAAGCGAAGCCGGAGUAAGAAGUCCAGACAUCAAGAAAGGAAGAACAGAAGUCCUAAAAGAUCCAAAUAGACGCAAUAGAGUGGAAGUUGAAAGCAGAGAAAUGUUUAAGUGCAAUAUGUAACUAAAAUGCUUUUGAUUUUUAAAAUUUCAAUAAAUUGUACAGUCAAAA